AUGGAUGGUCACACUAGCCCCUCGAUGGCAUGGCGAGAUUUCCCAUUGACUGUUCCUGAGGUGAGGUCAUUCAUUCUUUCUUUUGGGAGAUCCUUAAUCUUGGAAAGAAGGAAAGGCAUCAAUCCAGACCGGCAGCACCCGAAAAGGAGUCUUAGCUUUAGCCAAGCUAGUAAAGUACCUCAUUCUAUCAUUUCUUACUUGACUUUUUUGACUGUAGCGGUUACGGCUAGACUACUUUGCUCAGCCACUCCUUGCUUCAUUUUUGAAUGGAAAAGAAAGGCUAUUUUCAGUUACGGACUUAGGGACUCGGAAGGGCCUUCCAAACUGGAUCAUCCCACUCACUGUCUGUGGGGUAGGAGGUUGUCACCGACAGAGCGCAAUUACACCAUAACUGAAAGAGAAGGACUCACAUGUUACAUUCUGUAUAGAAGUUUCGACAUUAGCUAUUAG